AUGUCUCAGGAGUACGCACAGCAUGUACUUAAGGUGGCCGUAGCACAAAUAUGCCGAACGAUCGGGUGGCAUUCAACUCAUGCCUCGACAAUGGACCUGCUGAUUGAUGUAACGCAGCAUUUUCUACGCGAAAUAUCGCGUAUCAUGCACCGGUAUUGUGAACUGUACAACCGUACUGAGGCUAACUUGGACGAUCUUGCCCUCGCGUACAAGGAGAUUGGUAUUAAUUUGGACGAGCUGAUGGAGUACGUACAGUUUGUCGAUCCAAUUCCACUGACGCUGGAGGUUCCCCGUUUUCCGUUGCCAAAGGAGUCCAACCUGAAUUUUUUGAAGCCAGGAAGCAGGGAGGUGUUAACGCGCCCGGUGCACAUACCGGAGUACAUGCCUCCGCUUAUGUUCGAAACCGAAGAGGACGGCACCGAACGAACUGGAAACGAUGAUGAGAGGCGAGCCGCGUUUGGUGAAGCAAAAAGUUUGCUGAACAGUGCGGCAAUCGCGAUCGCCACCGUAGCUGCGACAAUAUCGUCCGAUGCGAGAGCGAUAACGGAUGGUGGUUGCAGUGGGAUUGGUGUCGCCAAGGGACCGGUAUCGAGCAUUGAGGAAGUAAAUAGUACGGGUGAAGGGGUAGAUGAUGGUUCUAACUUACCCCAUGCUGUUAUCAAUGAAGAGGUGGAAAUACCGAUGCAAACAAUUGAGGUAAAGGAACAAUCAACUGGCGCCGUUGGUGGCGAUGAGGAAUCCGUCACAGCAAGCAAGCUGUCGAGCGAAAACGCAGUUAAGGAGAAACCGGCGCAGAUCGACGACACGGUGGCUGGUGGGUCGAAAAGCGCUAUUCCAACGGAAGAGGGACGUCCGACACGAGAGAUCAGCAGCGUCAUAAUGACAACAUCUGGGUUCAUUUCACCAGCACGCGAAGGUAAACUGCCCGAGUCACGCAUCCCCAUCAUCCCAGAGGAACGACCGAUCCAACAACCGACACCGGUUGUUUCAACCGUACCGGCACUUUCCGCUACCCACCACCUGGCUUUACCGACCGGUGCGGCCAUGGCCGGUGCACCAUCGCUUGCCGGUUCUGCUCCUGUUUCUUCAGCGGCCCUGCUCGCUUCGGCGGCUGGUAGCUAUUUUCCCAAACCUAACGCACCCGAUGGUACGCUAGGUGUUGGUGUGCCGCCAGGCACACCGGGCAGUGUUGGCCUGGGUGUACCGUCCGAUCCAUCCCAACCACCAACGAAACUCACCGGUGAAAAAUCAACCAAAAAGGUGAAAAAGAAACCAGUCGAUCGGGAGAAGAAGAAGGCGGAAAAGGGGUUGGGAAAUGCGGCACGUAAACAGGACAAACACGCUACUGGUGAAAAGAGCACAAUGGUGAAACAACACAACACACUGGAUGCUACCAUUGAACAUGUGGUAAAGGAGGAAACGGAUUUUACCACACCAUUACCACCGGAUGCGUUACUGCCUGGAAGGGUUGCGGAUAAUAUUGGUAUAGGAAGCAAUCCGUUCAUUAAAAAUAGUUCCUUCAAGCCGGGAUGGAAUGAAGCGUUGAACGCGAUGGAAAUUAUACCGGGUGCCGGUUUGGUAGCAACGAACGUAUCCGGUAAACCGGCAAAACCCGCCAAGGUAAAGGUGGUGAAGGAAAAGGCGGUAAAAAAGCGCAAGUCAGCCGCACCGAAACCGGUGCCCGUCCCAGGGGAAAUGUUAAUCGACGAUCCAGCGCUUCUGAACCGACAGUUGCCAAUACCAAACUUCCUACCAUUCCCAACGCCAAAGCCAAAGAAAGCACCGAAAUCAUCGAAAAAAGCGGCUAACCAGCGUGGUCAGUUCGAUGCGGUGGAUCAGCCACCGCCGCUGAUUGGACCGCUCGGACUCGGUACAUCGGUGGGUAAUUCGACGCUGGUUGGUCCGAUGAGUGUUGGCUCGUUGCCACCUGUAAAGCCGGACCACCUGUUCGGUAUGAUGCCAAACGCUGGCAUUGGUUCGCCCACAACGGCAGCUUUAUCAUUGCCGCUGAAAAAGCCCCCGAUCGGUCCAUUCAAGCAGGACGAGCACGAAGCUCAGCAGGUGGGCACCCCCAAUCCGCUUGUCGAUCAGGCAGCACAGCUAAAUCUGCUCCAGAAAAUGCAUCCCAGUCUGGAAAUAACCGCCUCGCCGAGUAUCGCGUCGCAGGAAGUGCACGAAAAGCCGCUAACACCGGGACGGAUGAUAUUUGACGGGAAGGGCAUGAAACCGGACACAACGAGCGAUCGGGAUGUGAUCGUGAUUGAUGACGAUAAAUCACCACCGCACGUUUCGAGUCUGCCAGCUACAAUGACAACACCCACCAACAAGAAGCAACGUAAACAAGCGGCACACACUAACGUACCGGGUGGGGUGGUUGGCAUGCACGGACAAACCUUCGGGCUGGGAUCGGUUGGUGGUGCAGGUGCGUACGAUGGCGAAUACCGUCCGGAUGAUCCGCUCAAUUAUUCACCCCUUUCGAAUGCUCCGAAAACACCCGACAUUCGGCUCCACUCGUCCUCCUCCUCGACGCCUUCGUGGAUGAACGAGUCGCCGCGUCUGGCAACACCGAAGAAAGGCACCAGUAAUCUGUUUUCCGAGCUGUCCUCCAAAACGCUUACGGAAUGUAUGGCACAGAAUCGGACACCGGAAGCGCUCAAACCGACACCGUUGGCCGUCGAUGGUGGCAAGAAACCGAAGCGACCGAAACAAAAACCGAAAACAGAUGCUAAGCUGGGCAAGUUGGCCGACGGUAACAAAAAAUUGGAACAGGAGAGUCAAAAGUUCGGCAACCUGCCCAGCCAAAACCCGUUUGCGUUGUAUCCCGGUUCGAUGAAUCCGUUCGCACCGGAUGCGAGUGUGUACAGCAAGUUUUUGAAUCAAUCACUGCAAGCGGUCGCGGGUAUGCGCAAUCCGAUGCCGUUCGGCAUGUUUCCGCUACCAUCCGGUCCUGGGCUGAUUCCGGACAAUCCGCUCUUUCCGCGAAUGCCACCGACGUACCCCGGACAACAUAGGCCAGGGUUUCAGAUGCCACCGAACCCGUUCGUACUACCCGGCAUGAAUCCGAUGAAUCUACUUCGCAUGCCGACCCUCGCCAAUCGGUUGCCGGGCAUGGCCGGUAUGGGAGGUCCCAGUGGAAGUCAACGAGAUUUCCUAGACGAACCGCUCGAUCCGGAAACGAAGCUUGCCCAGACGCCACUCGACCUCCAGAAGUCGACCUGCAAUGUAGCACCGCUCGUACCGCCAUCGCUUUUCCAAAGCGCCACCGAAAGCAUGACGCUGAGCGGUGGGGCAAACGAGUUGCUCAACUUGUCCGUAAAGUCGACCGCGUCACCGGGCAUCGGUCGGGAUACGAUUGUGACAUCGCAAACGAUGUCCACCAAGAAGGACACCGCAGCGGUGACGGUGUCCAGCGGUGCUGGUAAUAACAGUAGCAUUAGCUCGCAGUCUAUCUUCGGUUCGACGUCAAGCGUUAUGUCGACCGUGAAGGAAGGAAAACCCGAACCGGUGCGGGAAUCGUACAAGGAGGAUCAGGUUGUUAUACUGCCGGCGGCAAGUGUACUGCCCGGUGCUAGUCCACCGCAGCGUUCCAGCAUGCUGGUGGUCGAUGUGGAUGAUUCCGACGGUAGCCAAUCGACGGCAGGUGGCAAGAGUAAGGAUGGUAAGCGCAAGCAAAAAGAACACAAAAAGGAUCGCAAGCUGAAGGACGGUAAGAUAAAGAAGAAGAAGGACAAAAAGGAUAAGAGCAAAAGUAAAGAUCGCGAUCGGGAGCAGCUCAAGGAACUAACCGCUGGUACAGCAACCUCACCCGGCGUUAUGACGAUGGGUAUGAUCGGUGCGGAAGAGGCACUGAUGGAGCAGCUACGCAAAGAGCGCAAGGAAAAGAAGGAAAAGCGAAAAGAAAAGGUAAAGAAGGAAAAGCGUAAGGAAAAGGAGCGUUUGGGAGCGAUCGGUAGCGGUGGUUCGCCAGGCGGUAUCGGGCAGCCUUCCGUUGGACCGUCGGCUAGUGCUACCGGUGAGACCGUGCCCAAACUGAUGCUCAAGCUCGGUGGUUCCAACGCAACGCAAUCUCCCCGUUCGGAAACGCCAGAUAAAGCGUACAUGGAGCAGUUGCUGCUCGGGGCCGCCUCCAUGGUCGAUCCGAAGCGGGACGGAUCGCCGGAACUUGCGCGCAUAUCGGCACUCGUAACGCGCCCACCGAAGCUAAAGGGAAGCAUUGGUACGACCGUUGCUGGCAAGAGCAAAAAGGAUGAUGCGGGUAAGAAUAUUCCACUCGGAUCGCCCUUACCACCAAACACCGGUACAGAGCAGCUGAAACUACAACCAUCCAUGGACACGGAUGAAACGUUCGCCGCUUUGAAGCAAUCGGUAAAGGUGAACUUUUCGACGAGUACGGUCGGCAGCACGGCUAGUGCGCUCGUGAAUUAUGCCACCACCGAUGACAGUAGUACCGGUGCGGCCGGUACCUCAACUAGCCGUGGCUCCAAAGUAGCUCGCCUUGCGGACAACGCAGCAGACGUUGGGGUGAAGCCGUUUACCGGUGGGGAAGCACCGAAAAAGGCGAUGAAAGAAUCGAAGGGUUCGAAAUCGGUUCACCAUCACCAUCAUCAUCAUGCGGCGGCGGAAACGUACACCACGCCCGUCCACAUGACGGACGUGGACGGGAAUACGGUGUGGAUCUGUCCGGCGUGCGGUCGGGUAGAUGAUGGCACACCGAUGAUUGGUUGCGAUGGUUGUGACGCCUGGUACCAUUGGGUGUGCGUCGGCAUACAGGUACCGCCGGACGAUAAUGAAGACUGGUACUGUCGGGUGUGCAUCGCCAAGAAGCAGGACACGCAAGCGGACGAGAAGCAGCGCAAGCGUAAAAAGAAGGAUAAGAAAACAUCGAAAGAUUAA